GCAUAUUCUCCAAUACCUCCACCUGGAUAUUUGGCAACAAGCCCCCAAGCACACCCAUAUAUGUGGGGGGUACAGUUGAUACUGCAGUUUCCUACUAUAUGAGUUGAUCACUAUGGGAGGUUGUCUGUUUUGGAAAAUAAAUAAUUAUGAGCAAGUUUGAAGAUAUCCUCAAAAGAAGCCAAUACACAAAGCACUCAAAAUUGGCACAAAUAUACAAAUAGAAUAAUUACAAAAAGGGGUACUUUCUAUCUCUUCUAAUUUUCUCACAGCUUAAUGGUUUUGAGUGUGUCUGGGCUUACUACUGCAAACAAGAAGGAAUUCUAUUAAGAUUGAGAACCUAGCAGGUUUAUGCUCCUGCUCCUGGUGUAAGGGGGGACUUUAAUGUUUAAAGAUGGCAGCGGUGGAGCCGUGAUCAGAAGUAUGAAGAGAUUUAAUAAAUGCAUCGAUUACCUCUCUCUUAUGGAGAUUCCUUUAUCUAAUGGAUGGUAUUAUUGGUCUAAUUUUAGAUAGCAUUUCAUUCAUACACUUCUUGACAAAUUUAUUGUAUCUGAAGGGUGGUCCUCUCACGUUUAGGACUCCAGAGCGCCAAGGAAAGUUAGAAACACUUUUCGUUAUUUUUCUAUUCUUCUUGAGAUAAUGAUUUCAGAUGGGGAUCUAGCCCUUUUAAAUUUGAGAAAUGCUGGUGAAAUCAUGUCUAAGUGCAACAUUAAGUUCAUGUGUGAUUAUUAGCUAAAAACCGUAGAUUCCAGCAUUUUGUAGUUAUUUCAUUGAGAGGUCAUCCUCUUGGUUUUGAAUUUUUUUUUGAUGUAGAGAUAUUGGUUUCUUAGAUCUUCUCUAUGCUGGUGUUAGAAUUCAUGGCUGUUAUGCUUUCAGAUGUUCUUUUACCUUUUAUAAACAGCCGAGCCUGCCAAAAUUAUCAUCCAUUUUUAUCUAAUUUAGCAUUAUUGUUUUCAAAUGGGCAUGCGCACCAGAUAUUAUAUGGAGAAGAAAUCAUCAAUAAAAUAAGGAAUUAUCCUCUUUUAGGCCACCUUUUACGUAUGGAAUAGCUGAACCUAAAUGGUUUUGAUUCUUUAUUGGAUCAUAGUAUAAAUGUUUGAUGCAGCAUAUUAUGCCCCCUUAUGGAACCCCUCCACAUCCAUAUGUUGCAAUGUAUCCCCACGGUGGCAUAUAUGCUCAUCCGCCCAUGCCUCCGGGAUCAUAUCCUUACAGCCCUUUUGCUAUAGCUUCUCCGAAUGGCAUUGCUGAGGCUUCUGGGAAUACACCAGGCAACAUGGAAGGGGAGGGUAAGCCUUCUGAGCUGAAAGAAAAAUUGCCAAUUAAAAGAUCGAAAGGAAGUCUGGGAAGUUUAAGCAUGAUAACUGGGAAGAACAAUGAGCUUGGUAAACCAUCCGGAACAUCUGCUAACGGAGUUUAUUCUAAAAGUGCUGAAAGUGAAAGUGAAGGUACAAGUGAAAGAAGUGAUGCUGAUUCUCAAAGUGAUUCACAACUAAAAUCUGGUUCUGGGAAAGAUUCUUUAGAAGGUGGAGCGAAUCCUAAUGGUUUGAUCCAUGGUUCUCAGAAUGAAGGACAUAGUCUCGCUCAUCCAUUGGUGAAUCAAACAAUGUCCAUAUUACCAGUUCAAGCUUCUGCUGCUGUUACAGGUCCUGCUACGAAUUUGAAUAUAGGAAUGGACUAUUGGGGUGCGCCAACAACUUCUGUCGUCCCUUCGAUGUGCGGGAAGGUCCCUUCGGGUCCGAUUACUGGAGGUGUUGCUGCUGGAUCACGGGACAGUGUUCAGUCCCAGCUUUGGUUACAGGAUGAAAGAGAGCUGAAAAGACAGAGAAGGAAGCAGUCAAAUAGAGAAUCUGCACGGAGAUCUCGGUUGCGUAAACAGGCUGAAUGUGACGAGCUGUCUCAGCGUGCGGAAGCUUUAAAGGAAGAAAAUGCGAGUCUUAGAUCCGAAGUGGAUAGGAUUAGGAGUGAGUACGAGCAACUUCUUUCAGAGAAUGCCUCUCUCAAGAGGAGGCUUGGAGAAAGCGAUGGAAAUGAAGAUACAAGAUCUGCCAAAAAUGGCCAAAAUUCGAUUAAAGAAGAUCAGUAUACAGCCCGGGCUGAACCCACGAAGGGGUGAUCGGGAUCUACCAUCCUUGCUUAAUUCAGAUGCAGGCACAUAACCUAACCAGUUGGUAGCCAAAAGUUUGCAUAACUUGUCAUUUACCUUUUAUAAGAACUGACCACUGCACCCUCUUAGGACUAUCGAUCAUAUUUUUCAUUCUUGUGGAGGCUUCGUCUUUAACCUCGACGCCCCGUGUAGUCGUAUUCUUAUACCCAUACUUGAUGAGUGUCAUGCAACAUUUCACUUGAGUUUUUUCAGUGUAAAAUAUUGUUUUUGUGCUAAUUUGAGGUCGAGUCGUGGCAUAUCAGUAUGCUUUCUAACGUA